AUGGCAAAACCACCACAGACAAAUGGCAUCUCUCCUACUGGUGACGGUAGUGGUUCCAGCAUUGGUAGUUCAGCCUUGGAAGACCUCUGGAAGAUCUUGACGAAGAAGGAGGAGGAGGAGGAGGAGUUCAGGGCGAGGGAGGAGAAGGAAGAGGAGGAGGAGGAGGAGGAGGAGGAGGAGGUGGAGGACUUUGCCAAGAGCAAUUUUUCCAAACUUCGUGAAGAACAAGAAGCCUGGAGCAGUCCAGCGGCCGCUGCCCACAUACCCAUUCCCAACCUUCCAAACCCCUCCCCUGACUUCCAGACCCCUCCCUCUCCCCUUCCAGACUUCUCCCUCUCCCCUUCCAGAAAUCUCCCCUGCCUUCCAGACCCCUCCCUCCCUGCCUUCCAGACUCUUCUUCUACCUUCCAGACCUCUCCCCUGCCUUACAGACCCCUCCCCUGCUUCCAGACCCCUCCCUCUUCCCUUCCAGACUUCUCCCUCUUCCCUUCCAGAAACCACUCCUGCCUUCCAGACCCUUCCUCCUACCUUCCAUACCCCUCCCUCUUCCCUCCCAAACCCGUCCCUAUUCCCUUCCAGAAACCUCCCCUGCCCUCCAGACCCAUCCCUUAUAGUUCCAGACUCCUCCUCCUCCUCAUCCUCCUCCUCCUCCUCCUCCUCCUCCUCCUCCUCCCCUCUCACACACCCUCCCUCUUCUCCCUCCCUUCCAGGCCGUUCAACCUCCAUCCAAGAUUCCUCCCCCUCACUUCCAGACUCCCCCCCCAAACCAACCCCCCUCGAAAGGACUUCCCCUCGCAGGGAUCUCUCGCCGUUUUCCAGAGGGGAUGAUGAUGUGUCGUCUCGUCUCUCGCUCUUCCAGACUUUCACAGCGGCGCCUUCCAGGUUCAUAUCCAAAGACACUCGUUUGUCUUUCGGAUACGUGACAGAAGACGAGAAUAUGUCGUUCGAACUCUCCUUGAAGAUGGACUUUGUUCGAUGUGACGUCAGAAGCGGGGAAAGUCAGAACCUUAUCUGCAGUUUCUCCGCUUCUGGCGUCACAUUGAGCAAAGUCUAUCAUGCAAAGUUCGACCGUGUGGAGACGGGUUUUAGUGAACCAAGACCACCUUUUGUGUCUGGAGUUCCGCUAAGAAAACAUCCUUCGCUCUCGCGACGUUUAGGACUCGAGUAUCCUUCAGAUACUCCUUUAAGCGUCCUCAGACUAUUAAGGACUAUUCGAGAGCGGGAUCUCUCGCCGUUUUCCAGAGGGGAUGAUGAUGUGUCGUCUCGUCUCUCGCUCUUCCAGACUUUCACAGCGGCGCCUUCCAGGUUCAUAUCCAAAGACACUCGUUUGUCUUUCGGAUACGUGACAGAAGACGAGAAUAUGUCGUUCGAACUCUCCUUGAAGAUGGAAGAGAAGAAGGAAGAAGAAGAAGAAGAAGAAGAAGAGAAGAAGAAGAAGAAGAAGCAGGUGGGGGAGGAGGAGAAGGAGUUACGAGUUAGAGCUGAAAAUCCCUUACAACUGGAGGCGUCUGAAAAAGGACCCACACUGAUUUUGGCGAAGCUCGAGGUGUCAGACGCAAGUUUUUUGAGACACGAAAUAAGCCGUUAA